CUGGGACAAUCUGCAUGCACUCAACUCCAGCACAGAUCUCUUUCAGCAGGGUAGAGUAAAGAGCACAGCCAGACAGUGAAAGAAAAAAAGGGUUCAAAUGAAGGGAGAAAAGUUCAGAUAGACAAAAAAGUGAGCUAGAGAAAAAACUUUCAAAAGCAGGGAGAUAAAAGUGAGGAAAAAUUUGGAGUGAGAGACAGGCAGAGAGAUAUUUUCACUUCUAAAAAAGAAUGGGCUCCCUGGUGAGCAGUGCUGCUACUCUUCUCUUAACCUCCCUGCUGGCUUUGCUCUUUGGACUUUCUUCAGUCCUGGGUCAGGAUCUGAGAGAGAGGGAUGCACUUUGCAAUUCGGACGGCUGCUUUGUGGUCUACUUCCAACGCAAAACCUUCCUGGAUUCAUGGAGGGCCUGCAAGGAGAAAGGUGGCAACCUGGCUACCAUUAAACGCAGGGAGGAUGCCAACAAUAUUGCCACUCUCUUCUCCACUCUGGACCUGCGUCACUCGCGCACCAGCGUCCAGGUAUGGAUUGGCCUGCUACGCCAACCUCGCCAGUGUACCACCACACGCCCACUGCGGGGUUUCUCUUGGACUACUGGUGACCAGGACACAGAGUAUACCAACUGGCAGAAAGAGGACUCCCAUAGUAUGUGCACGGUACCACGCUGCGUGGUUAUGGGCUACAACACUGAGGAGCCAAGUGAUAACUUCAAAUGGCUGGAUGGCGCCUGCUCAAUCCCUGUAGAUGGGUAUCUUUGCCAUUAUGCCUACAAAGGAAUGUGUCCAGCGUUAUGGAGUGAGGGGGCAGGCAAUGCCCUCUACACCACACCAUUUGACCUUUUAAGCACAUUGUUAACUCAUGUACCCUUUGGAUCUGUUGCUACCGUGCCCUGCCCCACAGGCACCAAGGAGGAGCAGUCAGUUUUGUGUAUGCUGAAGGAAGACAGCACAGUGGGGUGGUCAAGAGAUCCCCCCCUCUGCUCCGAUCCCCCUGUAUCACACAACUGGUGUGACCGGGAUAAUGGCGGAUGUGAGCAUUUCUGCAGGCCAGCCGGUGCUCACUUCUACUGUGAGUGUGCCGCUGGGUAUCAACUAAGAGAAGAUGGGAACACUUGUGAGUUAUCUGAUGUUUGUCAAGGGGCCCCCUGUGAGUUUGAGUGCCUGCCCCUCUCAGAUGGGUACCGUUGUGCCUGCCCUGAAGGAUACAUGCUUGCACCAGAUGAACGUGGGUGUCUGGAUGUAGACGAGUGCCUCCAGAGUCCUUGUGAGCAGGUUUGUGUAAAUUCUCCAGGAUCAUUUGAAUGUCAGUGUUGGAAGGGUUACUAUCUCGAGGAUGAGGGUGGCUGUGAGGAUACAGAUGAGUGUAUAAAUGACCCAUGCGAGCACGCCUGUGAGAAUACUCAGGGGUCUCAUAUCUGCCACUGCCAUCUGGGUUUUUCCCCAGUGCCUGAGGACCCCAGCCGAUGCCAAGAUACUGACGAGUGCAGGAUUCCUGGGACCUGCGAGCAGAUGUGUGUGAAUUAUGAGGGUGGAUUUGAGUGCUACUGCGGGGAAGGUUAUGAACUCAUGUCUGAUCACUUCUCAUGUCGCAAGAGAGGGGAAGGGGAUGACCAAUCUGCUGUUACCCCUCCUUUUCCUUGGGUCACCCACCACCCUGGACCUGUGUGGCAACAUGUGGACUAUGACUGGAACCCACAACAGAGCCGCACUGACUGGCCUCCAGAGGAGGAGCAGUCUUUGGAUUGGCUGACUGAUCCACCCAGAGUUUUGGAUUCUGAUGUCAUUUGGGUCACCAGUGCCCCUCAGGAGGACGUGCUCUUUGAUUUAGCAUUGGAGCCUCCGACACAGGAGGCUGAGAAGGAUGAGAAAGACAAAGACAGUGGAGGAGCUGACUGGUUGGACUGGGGGCAGAGAUUUCAGUCUGAGCUGGACGUUUUGCCAACCACCAUCCAUACAACGCUUCCACCCAUGACCAGCUAUCCCAGCACUACCCCAGACUGGUACGAAAAUGCUGAGGAUGAUGAGGAGGAGACCACCACAGCUCUCCCCUUCCUCUCCACCUCUACAAUUUCUGAGGGGGCUUGGAAUUGGUGGGCAGGGCUCACCACCUCCAGCCAUAAACCAGGAAAUCCAGUGGAUGCAGUCAUAGACCACAACAUGCCGACAGAUUCCAGCUACCACAGAGAGGCGGAGGAAGAACUGCACCCCGCUAGGGAAAAACCUCAGUUCCCAGAGGAGGAGCUAGGGGAGGAGAAAGAGGACUAUGGAGAGAUCACGCACCAAGACCCAACUGUUCCUGCCAAGCUUCCCCCUUCUCAUCCACCCCCGAGCGAGGGCGGAGACAGCGAUGACGUCCUGGAUUCCAUCCAGGGGGACAGAUCGGAGAAGCAGAGCAGCACCUGGCUCCUAGUGGGCCUCCUGGUGCCCAUCUGCAUCUUCAUUGUGGUGAUGGUGGCGCUGGGCAUCAUCUACUGCACCCGCUGUGCUGUUCAUUCACGCAACAAGAAUGCCACUGACUGCUACCACUGGAUCUCUGGGGCUCAUGAUAAACAAGGAGCUCCUAACCCCUCAGCAGGGGUCAAGACCCAUGUUUAAACAGAGAGGAGAGAAAGUGACAUGAACAUAAACAGACUCUGCUUCAGAGGUAAGCAGGGGUGAAUGAUGGAUGUGGUUUUACCCUCUCUGGCUUUGGAACUGCUCACUCUUUGAACACAUUUGGAUAUUACUGCUAAAUAUAAAUUGAUAGAUGUGGGGACGUGACACUGAUAACCACUGAUCUUUUUUGGGAUGGGGUUGCUACGUGGUACAAACUGCUUUGAUGUUUCAUACACUGACCACACAGCACAAGAUCUGAUUGCUCCAUGGUUACACUAUGCUACAUCAUCAUAAAUCAUUAGUGUCUUCUUUUGUAACAUCAAAAAAAUCUGCCAAUAUCUGAGAAUAAUGUCAUUUAUUCAUUUCCACAUUUCACAUCUGGAGCCAGAUCCUGCAAAGAGCCUUGGAAAUCAUUGAUGGCAAAAGCAUUCUGCCUUUUAUUGUGGUAGAAAAAUUUUACUAUGAGGUUUCUUCCAUGCAGAAUCCUCAGGCUCAGUUAACGCCACUAGCACAUCACUGUAGAUAACUGUUACUGUCAACUGUGUUAAAGGGAUUUAGAUGCAUUGUUAGCUCACAUCAGCAGUGGGUGAAAGGAGACUGCAAGCAAAUAUCCCUUCAAGAGUGAAGACAUUCUGCAGUCACAUGCUGGGAAAGGCAAUCAUUUUAAAAAUCACUGUGUUGAAUAGUUAAUAAGAGACCAAAACCUUAUUUGUAUAUAAUGGUACUUGUAUUUAUGUACGUUUCAUACUUGUUGCCAGCCAUUUUUCCCCCUUAGAAAAUGUAACAAUCAUAAUAAUUCAAUGACAUACCUUUUUUUUAUGGAGCCAUUAAACCUGGUGAUAUACAGAGGAAUGACUGUCUGCACAUGGGAAUGCUUCUCUCCACUCAUGUUCAGUUUAAGAGCACUUCACCUUUCCAUUGCUUUUUUUUUUUUUUUUUUAAAAAAAAAAAAAAGGUUAAAGUGCAGAUGUUGCAGGGUGCAGGGAAUGUUGUUGGGCUGGUGGUUGUCAUUAGCCUUGGCCUUGUUCAUGACAUGGCCAUCAGUCACCCUUCGUAACCCUAAUUCAUUAGUGCACCCCUGAAGGUUUUGUUUUUGACCAACCCUGAAAUGUUUUAUGGCCAUGUUGGAUCACAUCCAGCUGUGUGAGACUGUAGUUAGCACAACACCUCGCAGAUGCAACUUAACCUAUGCAACAAUUUAAAAAGACAAUUAUAUACCAAAGAUCUCAGAUUCAAGAAAGCUAUGUUGACUUUUUCGGAGAAGUGCUCAGUGAAAAUUAAGGUGUUUGAAUUUUACAGAAAAAAACAAAUAAUGAAUGCAAGGCAUCUACAAGUUAAAACACCUUUGAUUUAAAGGAGCUUAUACAAUUUUCAGAGCAUUAUUAUAGCAGCAAACCAUUAUUUGCUAUGAAAUGGUAUAGUGGCGUAAUGGCUAGGGUUGCAGUGAUAUACUGGUUUCAAGGUAUACUGUGAUAUAAAAGUUGGUGGUUAUCAUACUGUGUAUAUUUGCUCUAUGAUACUGAAAAAAAAUACAACUGGACAGAGAAUCUCAACUUUAUUUUAGUUAUUUUCAAAGGGGAGACAUUUUUUUUUACAUGCUUCUACAUACUUCCAUUAACAAAACGGUUUCAAGUUUCAGUUAUAGUAAUAAAAUGUUUGUUCAACCAACAAUAACCCAUCCAUAUUAUUCCUUUGAGGGUCAUUAUGAUUGAUAAUAAUGUAAAUUCUGUAAAUUCUGUUAUCGUACUGUGAAAAUUUUAUACCUUUGCAACCCUAGUAAUCACUUCCUGAGAAGUCUCGCUCCCUCUGUGUGCGUUUUAUUUCGAACUUCUAUGUACAUUGUUGGAUGGUUCGGCCCAUUUGUAGCCCAAUGGCUAGCUCAUGGCCGCCACUCUACACUGCACUCAUACGGCAGGUUGGUGUUGUCAUAGAAAUGUAGCAUCCACCCUCCAUUUUUAGCAUUAUUAGUUCUGUCUCCUCUUUUGCUGUUGUUAGCACUUUUUGCGCUGCUAACAUCGUUAGCUGCUAGCCAUUGGCUCAGCCACCUCCAUGUUGAGAGCCGUGCGCAGACAACGUCUGAAUCAUAGCUACGCUCUGAAUAUUGUAUAGAGCUCCUUUAAUGGAAAAAUCUAAUUGGUGGGGAAACAAAGUGCCUUUCCAAAUGUACAAAUGGAAUUUGUCUUUAUUUUAUUGACAGACUGUGAAAUAUAAGAAACAUCAGAUGUCUUCUUUUCUGUUGUGUUUUAAGAAAUUGUUAAUUAAAAACCAUGACAACG